AUGGCAAUACCAACUGCCGAUUCGGAUCUUUCGAACCCCGACGACCACUAUGUCAGGAGUGAAGAAAUGGAAAGAGAUACGGCGCUAAUAACGAGGCCGCCUCAACAUUGCAGAUUCCACAGGAAAAUAGUAUAUAUCUUCGUGAUUUCGGCACUUAUUGGAGCAGCUCUGUCCACCGGGAUCUUCGCGCUCAUAAAAUGGGCAGGACGCAAACCAACCCACGAUGGAGAAAUGAGAAAAGGAGUAAAAGGUGAUAUCGUUGGCUCUCGAACUCCGUCCGACAUUGUCAGUGAGCUUUCUGAAAUGCAUCACCUUGGCGGUAUCAGCGUAACCAGUCCUUGUGAAGUUGCCAAGUUCAUGGAGUUCAAACGUCUAGCCCAAUUAUACAAAAAAGAGUACGACGACAUAACUGCGAAGCAUGCGGGUUUCUUAAAGUUCCGGCGUAACCUGGAGGCAAUAGAGGAACACAAAAAAAACCGUCAAGCCACCUACACAAAAGGAUUGAAUCACUUAUUCGACAUGGAUAUCGAGGAAAUAACUGCUAAACUGUUUCCGCGAACCUACGUGGACGAUGGGUUAGCAAACAUUAAUGUUGUCCAUCCUCACGUCGUGGUGGGCGAAGAUAAUAAAUCCAAGUACACUGCCCUUAAGGGUCAUGGAGAGUACACUAACAUUAUAAAACUUGGUGAAAACGUCACAUUUGAAAAUGUCGACUGGCGCAAUGUUGGAGGCGUGUCCGAGGUAAAGGAUCAGGGACUGUGCGGUUCGUGCUGGGCAUUCGCCGCUGUAGGUGCUGUCGAAAGUGCUUUCAAGAUUGAAAGGAAAAUCCACGUAAGUCUGAGCGAGCAGGAGCUCGUCAACUGUGAGACCGGAGGUGACGGGUGUUACGGAGGAUACAGUGACCUCGCGUUGAGUUACAUCAGAACAAACGGAAUUGGUUUAACAAACGUAUGGCCUUACGAGGGGAAAGACGGCGAAUGUGUUCCCCAUGACGGUGCAAGAUAUUAUAUAACUGGCUACGUGGGCGCCAGAGGCAUAGAAAUUGCAUCUAAACUCCUGGUGCGUGCUCCUACGGUGGUGUACAUAGCAGCCACUGACGACCUAAUGUUCUACAGCGGAGGCAUAUUCAAUGGUGAUUGUGAGGGAACUCACUUGAACCACGCCGUGCUUUUGGUAGGAGAAGGCUAUGAUCCUGAAUUGAAGAAACGCUUCUGGCUUCUCAAGAACUCCUGGGGAACCAGCUGGGGAGAAAAUGGCUUUUUCAGGCUCGAACGUACUGGCACGGACACCGACAAAUGCGGAGUGCUUUCCUUCGGUUAUAUGCCAUAUGGCACGUAUUAA